CGGGUCGGGCAUUAGGAAUGAUCUGCUAUAGAUCUUAGCUUUUCUGCUCUUGACGCCUCGCCUCGUGGAGUAUAUUUCCCUCUUCGACGCCUUCUCUUCACUGUCGUGCCGAGCUCCCAGUCGUCUUCCAUCAUGCUUGGCCUUCUUGGUUUUAUUCUCCUGGCGGGUUGCGCAUCCGCGCAGAAGCACCACCUUUAUGUUGGGCUGACCGGCGGUGCUUACGUGCAUGCACUGGAGUUUGAUGAUGCGGCCCGGACUAUCUAUGAGAUGGGAAUCAUUCCCGCUGCUGGAGCUUCGCCUUCCCUUGCCCUGGAUAACUCAAAGAAAUUUCUUUUCGCAAGCGAUCCGACGUCGGGAAAACUUACGAGAUAUGCCGUUCAGGAGGACUACUCGCUGAAGAACGAGGGCUCAGCAGAAAUCCCAGCUUCAUGCAAUACCACAAAAUUCACCUCCCUCCACCUCAGCCCCGCCUCCCACAAUCCUUCCCAGAUCUUCGGCGCCGCCUCCACGGGCGUCUGCAGCACGCUCUUCUCCACCUCCGUCACCGGUUUCCAUACCCUGCGCUCCAAGGAGUUCGCCGGCGACAUCCGCUCCCUCGCAUGGAGCCCGAACGGCCGCCAGCUGCACGCCCUGGACUCACGCUCCUCCUCCUCGGCCAUGACCUCCAUUUUCAACUUCUACAUCGCCGAGGACCCGAACCUCGAGAGCCUGAACCACACCGACACGCUGGCCAACGUCACCAACGCAGAGCAGAUCAUCGCCCACCCAACGGGCAACAUGUUCUACAUCGUGACCAAGGACACCAACGAGCUUGUUACCGUGCCGCUGGUGGACGCUGCCGCCGACAACGCUGACGCCGCGACCGCCGCACUCGCGCGCUACAAGCUCCUCCCUAGCUCCAUCGAUGCCUCGCUGUACACCACUUCCUCCCUCACAAUCUCCUCCUCCAACUCCUUCCUCUGGACCCUCUCCCAGUCCGGCGACCAAGCCAUCAUCACCGUCUUCAGCCUCGACCCCGCCACCGGCGCUGUCAUCUCCUCCGUCGUACGCGCAGCCUGGCAGGGACUCGGGGGCAUCGGCUGGGGCCAGCUCUCCCCCGCUCCGUUCAAGGGCAGCGACGUCAUCGCCGUGUCGAACUCGCCGAUGGGCAUGGUGGCUUUCCUGGGUUUGGAUCAGGGUACGGUGCCGGCGGGCGCGCAGGGCACGGUGCAGGUCGAGGCUGAUGAUUUCUUGAUCGAUGUCGAGAUGCUGAAUGUGCAGAGUGAGGCGGCCGCGGCGCCGAAGCUGAAGAGCUUUGGCCGUAUUGAUCUGGGCUUGGAUGACCUUGGGCAGGGCGUCUGGGUCGACUAGAUGUCAUGAGUAGCACGAACGCAUGUCUAGGAGGUACUACCCGAGUAGUAAUCCUUGAUUAACGAUUAACAUUGGAAUUGAA